CUGCUCUGUUUUCCUGCAGAUUGAGAAAAGAGAAGGCCAUGGAUGGAGGAAAUGAAACAGAUGUGACCUAUUUUAUUCUAGUUGGACUCUCAGAGUAUCCCAGAGCCCAAGUCAUCUUCUUCUGCUUGCUCUUAAUGUCCUAUCUUAUCAUAUUACUUGGGAACAGCCUCAUUCUCUUCUUGAUCCACUAUGAUUCCCGGCUCCACACUCCCAUGUAUUUCUUCCUCAGUAAUCUGUCCUUCCUGGACAUGUGCUACACUUCAUCUAGUGUGCCUCAGGUUCUCAUCAACUGCUUGGUUACGAUUCCCUCCAUCUCCCUGGGCCAGUGUCUGGCCCAGAUGUGUGCCGGCCUUUAUUUUGGGGUCGUGGAAUGCCUCCUACUGGCCGUCAUGGCCUAUGAUCGUUGCAUUGCCAUUGGCGACCCACUACGCUACUCAGUUAGGAUGGGUCCCCAGCUCUGUGUCAAGCUAGCAGUGGUUUCCUGGGUGGCAGCCUUUCUUCUGACUGUGGUUCCAACCCUUACAAUGCCUCUGGAGUUCUGUGGCCAUCACAUGAUCAAUCACUUUUCUUGUGAACUCUUGGCCAUCCUCAAGCAUGCUUGCAAUGAUCUGAAGUUUUACGAGUGGUUGAUGAUGGCCACAAGUUCCCUGACUCUCCUUGCACCCUUUGCCUUCAUCCUUGCCUCCUAUGGGCGCAUCCUUGGGGCUGUGCUGAAAAUGAAUUCAGCAGAGGGUCGAAAGAAGGCUUUCUCCACCUGCAGCUCCCACAUAACUGUGGUAGUUAUCUUCUAUGGCACAGCAAUAUCUGUGUACAUGAUUCCCCAAGACAAGACCAACCAGGAUCAGGACAAGCUCAUUUCUAUGCUGUAUGGUAUUUUUCCACCUAUGCUCAACCCCCUCAUCUACAGCCUUCGGAACAAGGAUGUGAAGAUGGCAUUAAGGAAAUUAAUGGGAGAGGAAAGAAUGUCUCCAAAGUAGAGAUGGUUGGUUACUUUUUAACAAAACUGGAAAAUGAAAGAAUUUGGUUGCUUUAAUAGUCCUCCUUCUCCUCCCAAAAAAGUUUUCUUUUCCAAAAUUUUCUCUAAUCACUAGGGCAAUAAAAGAUGAGGCAGCAUUUUUGACAAUUGUUUUCUAGAAGUGGAACUUCGAUUGUCUCAGAAAGUCUAAAUACUCCCUUUUCACAUCAACAUAAGUUCACUUUAAGGAAGCAUCUCCAGAAUCUCUAUUAAUUCAACAACAAUCUUCCCUUGCCUAAAAGUUCACCUUAAGGUAGUCUGAGUCAGUGCACAGAACUCUGAACCCAUCUUCUGCUCCUCUGUCACUUAUUACUAGUAUGAAUUUGGACAAAUUACUCAAACUUUGUGAUUCCCAGUUCUUUUAUUUUUAUUUCUUUUAUUUAG